AGGCGCGACGGGGCGCCAGGCAGUCAGUGGGCUAGGGCUCACCACGCCUCCGGCCUCCUCAUGGGGAACGCCAUCAGGGCCCUGGUGGCCCUCAUCCCUGCUGACCGCUGCCAGAAGUUCGUGGCGGGUGAGCUCCAGGAGAUGCCCCUGGACAGGACGGUGGACCUCAGCGGGUGCCAGCUGCGCCGCUUUCCCCUGCACGUGUGCGCCUUUACGGAGUUGGUCAAGCUGUACCUGAGUGACAACCACCUGCACAGCCUGCCCCCGGAGCUGGGCCGCCUGCAGAACCUGCAGAUCCUGGCCUUGGAUUUCAACCACUUCCAGGCCCUGCCCCGGGUGGUAUGCACUCUCAACCAGCUCUGUAUCCUCUACCUGGGCAACAACAAGCUCCGCGACCUCCCCUGGGAGCUCAGCCUUCUCCAGAACCUCCGGACCCUGUGGAUUGAAGCCAACCGCCUCCCCCGGCUGCCGGAAGUAGUCUGCGAGCUGCGCCUCCUCAGGACCCUGCACGCAGGCUCCAACGCCCUGCGCGGGCUGCCGGGCCAGCUCCAGCGCCUCUCGGAGCUCCGGACCAUCUGGCUGUCAGGCAACCUACUGAGUGACUUCCCGCCGGUGCUGCUGCACAUGCCUUCCCUGGAGGUGAUUGACGUGGACCGGAACCACAUCCAGCACUUCCCCAGCCUGGCCCACCUGUCAGGCCUGAAGCUGGUCAUUUAUGACCACAACCCCUGCAGGAACGCACCCAAGGUGGCCAAGGGUGUGCGCCGCGUGGGGAGGUGGGCGGAGGAGACGCCAGAGCCCAACCCCAGGAAAGCCAGGCGCUAUGCUCUGGCCCAGGAGGAAAGCCAGGAGCCGCAGACACCUGCUCUCCCUCCUCCUCUCCUUCCUCCCGGCUCUUGAAGAUUUGUCUUCCCGGAGCGAACACCAACCUGUCCUGGAGUCCUUGUUAUUGGUGACCUGCCACCAGGGUUGAGGGAGAGUCAAGUGGACUGCCACAAAUCCACAUGGAGAACAACAAAAAUCCCAAAGGGAAGUUACAUGCUCUUGUCAACCCCGAGUAAUCACAUCUUCGACAGAAAACAGCUUCUCCAAGCAGGUAUUUUGAUACUGAGGGAGAAGGAAUGGGUCACUCUGGCCUCCUGCACUUCCCAGGGGUGGCUGGCGCGAGGCUUGUAGGCCCCUCCCAUACAGCAUCUGCAUGUUCAGGGGACUUGGCCCCGGCCCUCUCCUUUACAGACUUACUCUCUUUGCAUGACCAUGAAUGGUAUGGAUGUAUUGUGACUAACCCAGGUCACCAAAAGGACCUUUCUAACCGGUCAGACUCAUAGCAAAGAGCUUCUGCUGUUGGGAAAACUCAGCAUGCAAGAUCGUCCGGCAGCUUAGUGCCAGCUGAAGCCACUGGUACAGACCAGCUCAGUGGACUCCAGCUGUAUCCUCAAUCCCGAUUUAGCUCAACGCCC